CAGUGGUAAACAGACGUCAGAAGGGAGUCUUCGCCUCGAGUCAAAACAAAACAAAACAAAACAAGUCAAAAAGACACUGAAGGAGUGAAUAUUUGGACAGUCACGACGACAGGAAGUUCUUCAAAACUCACCGCUGGUCAAAAACGGGAACUUGGAGGGACUUAUGUGAGGGUUUUCGCGGACUUUUUCACGGAUUGUAAACUCUGGAGUAGCAGGAGCUUAACCAGCUAGCGUUACGGAGGCUGUCGUGCUGUUUUCAAAGUGCGGCGAGUAAGGAGCCGACAGACCUCCGAGGCGACCCAGCUUCAACCGCGGAUCCGCUUCGUAGCUCGUUUACCGAGACCUCGGCAGGCGACGAUCGGCAGAUCUGCGGGCCGCGGUCGAAGGCGGGGGUUUAUAACCGCUUCUUCGGGCAUCGUGUGCCGCGGCAGGAGUGUGGAGAAACAUGGCAGAUGGUGACAUGCGCCUGGCCGCAAUGUGGCGGACCGUGCAGACCUGAAGCACCGACUUUUCCUCCUACAGUGCUUUCGUUCUCGCACUUUUCUGAACUCAAACACUAUUAAACCGUCACCUAAGACCUGUCUACCGCUGCCCCUCUUGUCCUCGCUCGACAUUUCUUUGGGUUGUUCAGUUGCUUUAACAUACGGGCCACACAGACGGCAGCCAGAGUCUCAGUGCUGGUUUUUACACUUUUAGACAGUCGAUCAACAAAACUGCUGCUCGGAUAAUCUGCCGGUUUUUACACUUUGGUCUACUGGACUGGUUUCCGACUCUUUGGGGGUCAUUUGUGGAUUUUUUUUCUAAAGCUUGGGUGGAGGUAUUUUGUCUUGAGACCUCAGACAUCACGUUGUUUACAAGUGGAGACAGACAGGGGCUCUCCUGAGGAGCUCCUUUGUAACAGUAGCCAGCUAAUCCCUGUUUGUACCCUUCAUAGUACCUUUAUAGCAAAAAAUAAAUUAAAAAAAAUCUGGGUUUGAAUCAGAAAACUUAUAAUUAAUCUGAUAAAUCUGGUACGAAACAAAUCUGUUUUGAUUUCUAUCUUGAGAUAUUGCCUGGUUACACUUUGAGAAGCAGUUGAAAGUAUACUUUUGCAGCAUUAAGCCCACUGACACAUAUUUAAAUUGAGUGUUUAUUAACAGGAAUGGCAUUAUUUUAUACCCAUUUAUGUUCAUGAUUUUUUUUAGUUCAUUUUCAAACGAGCCAAAACCUGUGUAGAUCCAGAUGUUUUGGUGCUCAUUGCCACUCUGCCACUUUUGUUUUUAUUUCAUUCAAACAAAGGGACUCUCAUCCCAGCCCUCCUUCAUUCUAUAUAAAUCGGAAGGUUUAUGAUAGUUACUAUUAAGGAGAUUAUUUGGGUUCCCUAAUCUCCAAUCUGAGGAUUAACCGAGGCUGUUGGUGUGUCCAGAUUAUUACGUCUCUUUUCUAGGCCCCUCAGUGGGUGAAGCAUCUUGUUUUUGUGUCUGGAAGUUUUUUUUUGUUUGUUUUGUUUUGUUUCUUUUUUAGCGCAUCAUCCGCUCAAAGUUACCUUUAAACUUUAAAAGUAAAUGUUUUAAGUGGUUCACCUCUUUGUGGUUGAGUGGAAGUUCAGCGGACAGCCAUGGAGGAGUCAUCGGUGCCUCCGAUUGACCCAGAUUUUGAGCCGCAGAGCAGACCCCGCUCCUGCACGUGGCCGCUGCCGAGACCCGACAUCUCGGCUGUCAAACCGGAGGGGGCGGAUGGCACCGAGUCCGCCGCCGGUACCCCGCCCGCCGACGAGGACAAGCCCGAGCCGCAGCAAAUCACGUCCGAGCCCGAGAAGGCUGCGGCGGCGGCCGAGGGCGGGGUGGUGGCCGGCGUGGGCGGAGCCGGCGCGACUCCCCGCAAAGGAUCAUCCAGGCGCAACGCGUGGGGGAACCAGAGCUACGCAGACCUGAUCAGCCAGGCCAUCGAGAACUCACCUGAGAAGAGGCUGACCCUGGCGCAGAUCUACGAGUGGAUGGUGAAAACAGUGCCUUACUUCAGAGACAAGGGAGACAGCAACAGCUCAGCGGGCUGGAAGAAUUCCAUCCGCCACAAUUUAUCACUCCACAACAAGUUUUUGAGGGUACACAAUGAAUCAACAGGAAAGAGCUCCUGGUGGAUGCUCAACCCGGAGGGAGGGAAGACCGGGAAAGCUCCUCGCCGCCGAGCCGCCUCCAUGGACAACAGCAGCAAACUGCUGAAGAGUCGCAUGAGGGCCAAGCAGACAAAGAAGCAGGCGGGAGCGGCUGGCCUCGGGGGCGCCGGAGGGGCACUGCAGGGUGACGGCAGCACGGGGUCAGCAGGUACUGACAGUCCUAAUUCAUCUCAGCAGUUUCCCAAAUGGGGGGUCAACAGCAGUAGCCCCUCAUCCCGCGGCAGCCUGGACGACACUGACAUGUGGACCACCUUCCGUCCACGCACAAGCUCUAACGCCAGCACCCUGAGCGGACGUCUGUCCCCCAUCGCUCCUGGACAAGAGGAUGACGACAACCUGCCUGAGGACGGACUGCUGGGAAGAUACGCUGCCAGCAGUUUGACCCCUACCCUCACCGAGACCCUCAUGGAGGAGCUGGAUCUGAUCGACGGCCUCACACUGAUGACUGGGCAGCAGGGUGGGGCCAGUCCCAGCACAGCCCCACCGGCGCCUCCCACUCCGCUGCCCUCUGCCUCCACCCUGCUGCCUCGAGGAUCCAGCUUCUCCUCCUUCCCUCAGCUGCAACCAUCCAGCCUCCCACAGGCCUCCACCCACACUGGGACCCAGGCGUCCAUCUCUCAGUGCGGACCCAGCAGCAAAGAGCCGUCGACUUUCAGCAACUCCCUCUUCAACCCCAUGUCCAGCUCCGGGUCUCGUGGGAGUGGCCACUACAGCACCCAUGUGCCCUCCAGUCUGGAAGCACUGCUCACCUCUGACUCCCCUCCUCCCAGUGAUGUCAUGAUGACCCAGGUGGACCCCCUCAUGCCCAAUCCUGGUGGGGUGGGCCUGAUGGGUUUGGGCACAUCCGUGGUGGGCCUGAGGGCCAAACCCAGUCAGCUCCUUUUGGGUAAAGGGCUGGAGCCAAACACAGUGGCCCCCAUGGCGCUGCAGGGUCAGAUGCAGCCUCAGCAGCAGCACCACCUUCACCAGCAGCAGCCGCACCAGCAGCAGCAGCAGUCACAGCCACAACAACAACACCAGCAUCACUCUCAGAUGGGGUUGGGGAUGAUCCUCUCAGGUAUGUCUCAGGACCUGUCCCAGCUCUCCGCUCUCAAAGCCCAGCAUGCCACGGUGCCAGCUGUGGGCUCCCAUCACGGAGGGCCCGUGGCCUCAGCCACUCUUGGCACAAGUCUGCAGGCGAUGGGUCAGUUCGGAGCUCCGUCCUGCUUCCCCACCGGUCAGGACCGACUGCCCACAGACUUGGACAUAGACAUGUUCACGGAAAACCUGGAUUGUGACGUGGACUACAUCAUCAACAGUGACCUCAUGGAUGGAGACAGCAUUGAUUUCAACUUUGACCCCAUACUGCCUGGAGGCCAAGGCUACGCAGGCCCGGCCACCACACAGGGCUCCGCUCACAACUGGGUCCCCAGCUAAUUCCUCAGCUGACCACACAAAGUUAGCCAGGAACUGAUCUCCAAUCAAGAUGACCUCACAAUACGACAAAACAACCGGUGCAUUCCUCCUCCCUGCUGAUUUUCAACACGACGCUUCUCUCAGACUUUAAAGAGAAAACCAGACCUCAUUCAUGUCAUGUGCCAAGACAUGCAGAGGACAGGGAGGGGAUUCAGGCUACUAUGCACAGUUUUUCUCCCGUUUUUUUUUUUUUAAAUAACACUUUCAACGAUUUGGCUGCUAGCCAUUUUUAUCCUUUAAUCCGAUUUUUUAAAGACGUGUGAAAUAAUGUUUUUAGAGUGAAAAGACAAAUCAGGAGCGCCCCCUCUGCUGGGAGUUUAUAUUACAGUUACCUUUCACCAGAAUAGCUUUAGGGUCGAUGCGGUACCCCUGAUCUUGAUCUUGGCUUUGGUGUUGUAGACUCGACGGACUGUGCGUUUGGAGAAAUGGCCAGUUUUCCAUCGACACUCGCUUUGCGUGACUUGCCAGACCAAAUGCUGUUUGAUCGUGUGAAUGAGGUGCACCUACUGUGCUGCAGCAGCACCUCGUCUCACAAGGACAUGUUUCUUCGUAGGAAGGCGGUAAAAACUUUGAGGACUGUGACUGAUAAAGAGUGGACAAUUGGAGGCAUAAAACGUUUGAUUGAGCAUUGGCUACACAUCUCGCCCUGUUGUGUACUUGGACUACGAUUAUAUGUACGAUUCAAUUUCUCACUUUAGAGAAAAAAAGUUAAAAGUUUUUUUUUCAGUUAUAUUUGGUGAUUCAGUUAAGAAGAGGGUAUGUUUUUGCAGUUUGGCAUUUUUGACUUCAAUCCAGUGUGUUAAGGUAGAUGUCAGUUAGAUGGUGUUUUUUUUUUUUUUUUAAACCCUGAUGUGCAGUUAAACUAACACAAAUGAAGAAAUGUGAUUUGUGACAUACAUGGGGCAUUCAAGGGUAAAUUUAUUUGCCAACAAGUGAUUGGUUGGCCAAGUAUUAUAUUGUCUUAAACAGCAACAUGCCUCCACUGUUAAAUGGUCUACCUGAUUUUUUUUCUUCCUUCUUUUGAUUCAGUUUUCUUUUUUCCUCUCGAGCCUGUGCAUUUUCAAAGCACUUCGGUCUCCUGCGACACAGGGACCCCAAACAAAGAGAAUACAUCCACAUUAGGGUUAUACCAUUUCAUUAUAAAAGAGUUUAAAUCCUGUUAAAAAAAACAGACAAAAAAGACAAAAAAAAAAACAUGUAAUGUACACGUUGCACAUGUACAU